AUGGCGACCGUGGGCACGCACGCCCUCCCGACCAUCUUCGCGCCUCCUGCUGCUGCUGCUGCGCCCGCGCAACAGAGCUCUGAUUCCUCCUCCUCACCCCCCGCCGCACCCGCCGCUGCAUCCUUGCCCUACGAAGCCCCGCAGAUCAUAACGCAAGGCGCCGAGGCGCUCGUGUACCGCACGUCGUUCCUGUCGCCGGCGACGCCCGCGAUCCUUAAGCACCGGCCGGCCAAGCCGUACAGGCACCCGACGCUCGAUCGGCGGCUGACGAAGCAGCGCAUCUUGGCCGAGGCGCGCACGCUGGUGCGUCUGCGGCGCGAGGGCGUGCAGGUGCCCGGCGUGUUGGCUUGCGAUUGGGAUGCGGGAUGGCUGCUCAUGGAGUACAUCCCCGGCCACACCAUCCGCGCGUGCUUGGACCGCUACCUCCACGCCGCCGUCGCGUCGACGGCCGAUCUGCCGCCCCCCGUCGCUGAGGAAGGACUGGAAGGCGCUGCUGCUGCUGCUGCUACUACUACUACUACUACUACUACUACUACUACAACAGCAGCAGCAACGACGGACAACGGGGAAGAGACGCAGAAAGGCGCCAUCGACGAGGACGCGGUGCCCGAGCUGUGGGACCUGAUGACGCGCGUGGGGCGCGCGGUCGGGCGCAUGCACAGCGUCGGCGUCGUGCACGGCGACCUGACGACGAGCAACCUGAUGCUGCGCACGGCUUCUUCGGCGGAGACGGCGGUCGACGCGCACCCGGAGAACGCGCUGGACGGCACGGUGACGAUCAUCGAUUUCGGCUUGGCGGGCGCGACGAUUCAGGAUGAGGACAAGGCGGUCGAUCUGUACGUGCUGGAGCGCGCGUUCGGCAGCACGCAUCCCGCGGCUGAGCCGCUGUUCAGGGAGGUGCUGAGGGCGUAUGGGGACAGCUAUAAGGGGGCGAAGGUGGUAUUGAAGAGGUUGGAGGAUGUGAGGAUGAGGGGGAGGAAGAGGAGUAUGCUUGGUUAA